CGUGACAAUAGAUUCAGUUGCUGUUUGCAAUUUUCUUCAUUCAUUACUGAAAGCGAACUAAAGAGGGUUCUAUAGGACACACUUUCUUUGAGAAGACACGACAUCUGACUUGCGGACCAUCACUUCAGUCCUUUCACACUCGACAUGGCUUCCUCCACCGUCCCCUCCGCACGCAGUGCCUACCGUCAACUCCUCCGCGCGACUCGCAUCGCCUUCCACGACGACCUACGUGUUCUCGUUGCCGCCCGUCAAGAAGCUCGCCGCAACUUUGACAACCACACGCGCCAGGGCAUCGACACCCCCAUGCAGAUCAACCACGCCAUCGAGGUGGCCAACAUCCUUCGCCACAACAUCGUGCAGGGCGUACGGGAAGAUGGUGACGAGAAUGCCAAGUGGGAACUCCGGAUCCACGACGAGAUCGAGCGCGGGGACAACGACUCCAUCAAGGUGGCCGGCAAGAAGGUUAAGGUGGAUAAGCCGUGCUCGGCCUGAAUUCUUACGUCUGUACAGCUGGGAUGAUGGCGGAUGUGCAAGAUAUGCAUUGCGGAUUGUAUUAUAGUAUACCCGAACUUUUCUUUCUCUCCUUUCUGGCGUCUCUUGGGGUAUUCGGUUGCAUCAAUGUGUUAAGAAUUCGAUAGACGAUACAUACACAGCCGGUAAAAUAGACAAACGCCCGCUCU